UCCAUCAAUUCUUUAUUUGCCGCAACACCCUUCUCCCUUUAGGCGAUCGUGUAGCUUACAUACAUCCCGCAUGGGUAAUAAGUGUGGUUUAAAGCCUUUCGUGCUAGUCAAAGUUUCCCUGAAGUUCAUUGCUGAUAUAGUUAAUCUAAGAUACCGGCUAUGCCGAAUCCUAACAUUAAACGAAACAGCUGCCCAUGGUUGCCAACCUGCACGGGCAAUAAGACUGUACUAAGCGUUACGUCACUGGCCCGACUGGGGCCUAGCGUUCUGUCACUUGGAGACGAUGGGUGUAUAGCUAGUUCAUUUAUAGCGUCCACAACGCAUUCUCUGUACUGUAGGAUCAACGCAUGUAAUAAGGGGAGCCACCGUUUAGGGUUGGCCCGUUUAUCAGGGCAGGGGGUACAUACCAGUGACUCUACAAAUGGCUAGAAGUGGUACACGAGAAUUUGUUAGCAAGCUAGAUGGUUUUCAUGGUUUUUCCGAAUAAAUGAACAAUGGCCUCAAUUUGAGCUACACGGACCUUGAACCUGAGAAUUAAAUCAUCACAUUCCCCCGAACAAGGAUGAAUUGGGAAUAUCGCGGUAUAUUGGGGUUCUCUGAGGCUUACUGUAAUUACUAUAUUGAUGGUUUCUUCAUAGACGUCUAAACUUGCGCGUGAAUGGAAACUGAAAGUCCAUUAAAAAAAAAAGAGGGACUGAAUGGGAUCUUUUCAAGGAACGCCUCGUACGACAUCCCAGCUGUAUCAGUAUUGAAAAAACCCAGUCAAACAAAUGUAUAGUGAGCACAUCUCCUUGCUGGUAAUUGCCCUCUUUAGAACUAAUUUGUUGUGAGAUGUAAUCGCGGGAAUGUGCGGCGUCUAAGUGUCUUCCAUGCCUAAAUAAAGCAAGCAGUCCAUUACAUGUGCAAACGUCUUGUUGUUUUUCUGUCCGUCGUGUUUGACUAAGGACGAAUUGAAUGCGCGGGGCAAGGUACCGCUCGUAAUGGGGCUCUGGUCACGCAGCAUCCAUAAAAAAUCACUAACAAUAACAAAACGCAAGCAGGCCUAAACAACUUGAGGACUUUUAUUUUCGCACGGAAUGCGACAUGGCCGGAAUUUACGCGUGGUUGAUAGACAAGGUAAAUUGACCCCAGAUGCAAAAUGCAUUCCAUCCGCGUGCCGAAUUCGCAAUCCCGGUAAGACAAGAGGAGCAGAUUAGCGCAGGGUGAGGAUUGAGCGAUUUGUGAUAGCCAAUGGAUAGGUCUGGGCUGAGGUAUAAAUGAGGUCGGGAGAGGGAGCUCUAGAGAAAGUAGAACACGCGCGCGCACCGGUAACUCGGCACACGACGCGCUACACACUACAACAAACACAGGAUAAACACACUCCACUCUCCACCGUGGGUGGGCCCAGAUAGCUUGUAAAAAUAACUACGAGUGUUUUGAAGAGUCGAGGUAUUCACAGUGAAGGAGCGAGAGUAGAAGCACGGGGUGUUCAGUCGAGCUAAUUAGUACUGAGUUGCAGGGACGUUAAACUGUUCAUCGCAGUGACCUGAUAAAAGCACCUCCGCAUGGACAUGGCUCAAGUCGCAGGAAACCCGGUCCGCUCCUCGAGAUUUGAACGGUUGCGGUUUGAAGGCGCGAGGGGAUUUUACGCAGGAAAUAAAAUGCACGAUAACACACCACAAGAGCUCCCCAAGCAAGGCGUACCGCUUCUAGGUGCCGGACAGGUAGGGCCCCUAUACUGCUCUACUUACGCACCGGUUAUAAAACCCACAGAGAGCGCGCAAGAGGCAUUACUCACGAUGAACACUAACCCGCAAAGCAAGCCGUACCUUUGCGAUGAAGUCAAGCCGCCGUUUUCUUACAUCGCACUUAUUACAAUGUCUAUCGAGGCCUCUCCUUACAGAAUGCGCACGUUAAACGAGAUCUAUGAGUUCAUAAUGACGAGAUUCCCUUACUUCAGAAAGAACCAGCAAAAGUGGCAAAACUCCAUUCGACACAAUCUGUCGCUCAACGACUGCUUCGUUAAAGUGCCAAGAAGUAUUUUCGGCAAGCCGGGAAAGGGAAACUAUUGGACGCUACACCCUUCGUGCGGGGAUAUGUUCGGCAGUGGAAGUUUUCUAAGAAGACCUAAACGAUUCAAGUGCAGAAUGCCGCAGCGACCGAACGAGCCAGCUUUUGUGCGCAAAGUAGACUCAUAUCAUCACUUCUCUUUGUACGACACCGUUACGCGCUUGCCGCCGUCACUUCACAGAUCAUUGCGUGGAGUGAGUGACUAUGAGAUGAGAAAGGCGCUGGAUUUGCGCGCCUCAAGACCUAACUUCUACGAGUCACCAAGUAGCGCAUUUAGCGAAACUAAGUCUCGCUCCCGAGGAUUCUCUAUACGCGAACUUAUUGAUAAGUCAACAGACGAGGGAAGGGACUUUCAGAGCGAUGAGGUUUGUAGCUGUGGAUGCGAGUCGCCAGCCUGGUCCGUACCAAUGAUGGCGCUACGUGCAGACCCGCACUGCUAGAAACUAGAACACUUGCCAGAGACUCAAGAGAAAAGACUCAAUUUAAAAUCACAUCACCCAUAUAUAGAACACUUAUUUAUAUCCAAUUCUCGCCCACAUUGGGCUCAUAUUAGUUUAGUUGCGUUGAGUUUUGUGUAGAUCGUUUUAAGGUCGUUAAUUCUCAGCUAGGGAGUUCGAUUUAUGAGCUCGGAAAACAGUGUUGAUCUCGGCAUGGGCUAAAAAGUUCAUUAGCCAAACAAUCAGCCGCCUAAAUCCGCUAAAUCGAACGUACAAUGAAAACAAUGUGCUUUUAUUAGUUAUACUCGUCAACUCUGCAUAAAGCUAUCGUUAAACAAUUAGUCUAGCAACUGAAAUUUACUACGUAUGCAUUUGUAUACUUUUUAAGGAAUGCGUUUUUGUAAUAUUUUGAUUAAGAAUCUCACGAAACUUUUUAAACUUUUUUUUUAAAAAGCGUGAAAGAACUCAUUGUAAAAUAAAUGAAUAUAUGGUUACUUAAUAAUAAAACGACUAGGAUUGUUGUUCAAA